AUGCAAAUGCACAAAGUAUUUUUCACCAAUGGCAUAAUCCUCACCUUGAAGAAAUACUCCAGCAUUGAUGGAUGCACUGCAAGAAGAAUGUCAAACCUGAAAUUGCCUAGUUGGAGCCCAGAUGCCAAUUUGCACCAGGCUUUGAGACAAUAA